GGGGGCAGAGACACUUCCUCUCUCUUCUGUCAGGCGGUUUUCUGAAGAGUUCAGAGUUUGACUGAGGACACAUCAGCAGCUGUUGCCAUUCUCUCUCUCAACUUUUCAAAUUUCUUUUUUUUUCAGCCGGCCCGUCAAAAAUGAAGAUAGCAGCCUUCAAUGCCAAGAACCUGGGAAUGAAAAAAGUCUCAAACCCAAGGGUCGUCCACGAGCUCAUCAGGAUCAUUUCUCGGUACAAUGUGGUGAUCAUACUGGAGGUGGUGGAUAAGAGCGGGAAAGCCAUGGAAAAGUUACACCAAGAGCUCAACAGCACCAGCGCUAACAAAAAACGUCCCUACGCCAUGGUCGCCAGCGACCAGCUGGGACGAGACACCUACAAGGAGAAGUUUGUUUGUUUCUACAGAGAGGAUGAUGUGGAACUGGAAGAUCAUCACCAGUAUGAAGACAAUCAAGUUGGAGACGAAGACGCCUUCGCCAGAGAGCCCUUCAUCCUGCGCUUCAGCUGCCCAGCCACAGUUGUGGAAGACCUGGUCCUGAUCCCAGUCCACACCAAACCAGAGGAUUCACUGAAGGAGCUGGAUGAGCUGCAUGAUGUGGUCGAUGCUGUCAGGACAAAGUGGGGAACUGAUAAAAUUAUGAUUUUGGGGGACUUUAACGCAGAUGGACGUUAUCUCACCAAGAAGAAGAAGAAGGAGGAAAAGAUCCGCAUCUUCUCACCUCCCUACCAUUGGCUGAUAGGUGAUGAUGUCGACACCACAAGCAGCAACAAUAACGACAACACUUACGACAGGAUCGUGGUGUACGGAGAUGCCAUGCUGAAAGCCAUCGUCCCCGGCUCAGCCAGGUCUUUCAACUUCCAGAGAGAGUUCAAACUAACUGAUGAAGAAACCCUCAGUAUCAGUGAUCACUACCCUGUGGAGGUGGAGCUGAAGACCAGCCAGAAGCGCAAAGCACCAAGUAAAACGGCUGCGCCCCAAGCAACAAAGAGGGCAUCCACCAAAGGACAAACUCAGAGGAAAGGCCCACAGAAGAGGAAGGCGAAAACAAGAAGAUAGAGAGGACCUUCAGCAGAAACACCAAUCAAGACACAACGUUUGGACAAAUGAGAGAGACUCAAGAUCUCACAUCAACUCGUAAUUUUAGUAGUGUGAUUAGAUUUAAAAGUGUUUUUUGGUUAUAAAAACUCAAGUGUGUUUCCACACAUUGUCUUUGUUUUACAAUUCUCCACAAUCGAGAUGAAUGUACUGCAGCAAUGACACUUGAAUAAUAAAAACAUCAAGUUUACAGA